AUGAAACUGAACAAAACAAGCUUUCUUCUAGUUUUAUUGCCCAUUUUAUCGCAAGUGAGUGCCUAUACGUACGUGAAUUGUUUUAGCUCAUUACCUUCUGACUUUUCACAAGACGAUUCGUAUUCCUGGCAGUCUAGUUCUUACUGUAACAACAAAUGUAACGCAAAAGGUGCGAGUUAUUUCGCUCUCUACAACCACUCUGAAUGUUACUGCGGUAGUACUGAUCCAUCUGACUCAGAGUCUACCUCCUCUUCAUGUGAUGCGUAUUGCUAUGGUUACAAAAGCGAAAUGUGUGGUGGUACGGACGCCUAUUCUGUAUAUCGGAUUGAUUCUGACACAAAUAGUAAUAGUGCAAGCAACUCUGAUUCGGAUAUUGAAGCUAGUUCUUCUUCGACUUCUUCCGCAACUUCAUCAACAACCUCUUCCACAUCAUCAACUACAUCAUCAACCACAUCAUCAACCACAUCAUCAACAGCAUCUUCGUCCACAUUACAGACGUCUUCUGAGUCAACGCAAGCAGCUGUCUCUAUUUCAACGUCACAGAGUUCGAGUACCGUAGCGUCAGAAAGCUCGUUGACCCCGAAUACGUUGACUAGCAGCACUAGCUCCCAAUCACAGGAUGCCACUUCAAUAAUAUACUCCACCGCUUUCCACACUGAGGGCGGUUCUACGAUAUUUGUUACGAACACCAUCACGACAAGUGCACAGAAUUCAGGAUCUGCCACAGGUACAGCUGGAUCUGACUCUGCAAGCGGGAAUAACACACAUAAGAAGAAAACCAAUGUAGGGGCAAUCGUUGGUGGUGUAGUAGGUGGCGUAGUCGGAGCUAUAGCGAUAGCACUUUGUAUUUUGUUGAUUGUUAGACACAUCAAUAUGAAACGAGAACAAGAUAGGAUGGAAAAAGAGUAUCAAGAGGCAAUAAAACCAGUUGAGUACCCUGAUAAGUUGUACGCUUCUUCUUUUUCAUCUAAUCAUGGGCCCUCAUCGGGAAGCUUUGAAGAAGGACAUACCAAUGGACAAACCGAUGUUAACCCUUUUGAUGAUUCAAGGAGAAUAAGCAACGGAACGUUCAUAAACGGCGGACCAGGUGGGAAAAAUAACGUACUAACUGUAGUUAAUCCAGACGAAGCUGAUUGA